UUUUUUACAAGAUGGAAUUCUAUGUCUAUUGAACGUUUGGUAUGAAAGAUAAGCAUCCGUGCUUGCAUCCCCAAAAGUAACGUCACGACGAGUCCUGGCGUUUUAACCGGAACUAGAAAUCCUUGUCCCCAACGACCGAUGUCUCUUUGAUCCUCCUGCCAAUCUAACAUAAAUUCUUCCCCAACAGGAAAACAGAACCACAUGCAAAAGAAGAGCUGGAGCCAAAGGUCACCUCGUACUUUGCGAGAAGAAAUCUCCCGAUGCCAUCAAAAGAGCCCACCCCUCCAUUUUCACUUUCGCAACUGAACUCAUAAAAAGAGACUCCGGAUUAGAUCUUCCUUGUCCUGUGUAGUUUCUUGCUUCACUGUUUGUGGGAUCGGUACGGAAGUCGCAUAGUGGAGCAGUUCAUAAUCCUCCAUGUUUUACACUCUACUCGGUCUGAUGGGAGCUUCUCUUCCUGUGCUGUCGGUGUUUUCCGGGAAGAUCAGACGUUCUGGCCAUUGCUUUUCUUUCUUGUCAUGUUCUUCUCUUUAUGGUGGUGUGACCUGUGAUGAGCUUAGCGUGGCCCUUUCGUAAACAGAUUUCUGUCUCCCUCAUGACUUUUGAAAGGGUUGAUAUAUACGAGUUCUGACUAGUGCUAGUUACUUCUUCACUGAUCUUUGUGGCCUUUUGUGUUGGAUUUGGCCAUGAAGAUGUCGUUUAGUCCUCCUCUUUGCUUCUUGAUCAUGCUACUCUUGUUGUCCUUGUCCUUGUUCGGUGUUUCCUGUAGAGGACAAGAACAAGAGAAUGCUUCUUCAGGGGCUCCAAUGGAGAGAGGAGAGCAAGAGGCACUAUACUAUGCAAUUCAGGGUUUUGUGGGCAAGUGGUGGAAUGGCUCUGAUUUGUAUCCUGACCCUUGUGGGUGGACGCCAAUUCAGGGAGUGUAUUGUGAUCUCUACAAUGGCUCGUGGUACGUGAGCUCCUUGAACAUCGGGCCGGUCUAUGAAAACUCUCUGAAAUGCGCCCGAGAUGCAGAAUUCACGCAUCACUUGUUCGAGCUCAAGCGCCUCACAACACUCUCCAUCUACAGUUGCUUCUUGUCCCCUCACCGAAACCGUGUCAGAAUCUCCAGCUUCAGCUGGGGGACUUUAUCAAACACCUUGGAGUCGCUAGAGUUCAGAUCAAACCCAGGACUCAUCGGAACCAUUCCCACCAGCAUCGGCAGCCUCAAGCAGCUCCAAUCACUGGUCCUUCUCGAGAAUGGACUAACCGGGUCUUUGCCAAUGGAAUUGGGCAAUCUGAUCAACCUGAAAAGGCUCGUCCUUUCGUCGAAUGGGUUCGUGGGUCACAUCCCACCAGCUCUCGGGGGAUUGAGCAACCUCUUGAUCCUCGACUGCAGCAGGAACAACCUAUCCGGGCCAUUGCCGUUGACCUUUGGGGGGUUGACCUCGCUCCUGAAGCUUGACCUGAGCAGCAACAACCUGGACGGACCUCUGCUCCGAGAACUCGGGAACAUGAGGAACCUCACGCUCUUAGACCUCGGGGGCAACGAAAUCUCAGGUGGGUUGAUCCAAGACAUCCAAGAAAUGGUCUCCUUGAAGGAGAUGGUGAUGUCCAACAACCCAACGCUGCGCGGUGACCUCACGGGCAUUGAAUGGGCGAAUCUGGAGGAUCUUGAAGUGCUGGACCUGUCCAACACCGGGCUGAGAGGCCACAUCCCAGAGUCCAUGACCCAGCUCAAACGGCUAAGAUUCUUGGGACUCCGUGAUAAUUCUCUCUCGGGGACUCCUCCUCCCGACCUCGCAUCGCUGCCUCGCAUCAGCGCUCUAUACCUGAACGGGAACAACCUGACGGGCCAGCUCGAUUUCCCGGGCGCGUUCUACGGCAAGAUGGGCAGGCGUUUCGGUGCGUGGAACAAUCCCAACCUCUGUCAUCGGCUUCCAUUAACGUCGUCGUCGUCAUCACCGGCAGCCAAUGCGCCUCUUGGGGUGAGGCCGUGCUCUCGAGGAGGAAACGCCAGCGGCAGCAGCAGCAGCAACCGCGCCGGGUCGCCUCUACCGAUUGCCAAGAUGAGCGAAGGAUACGACGAUCCGCAUCGGGAUUCGCAGAUCGAGGUCUCUUCGGGAUGCCCGAGUUGGGGCUGGAGAGGGAAGGAGACGAUGAUGUUGGCGGGUGUCGUAGCCAUGAUCGCCAUGUUCGCGUAGGUUGAGAGAGAUUUAGAGGGAAAUGCUUCAUAUGAGCUUGUGGUGCUGUCAUGCAGAGAUAUAUAUGUAGCUUUGAAUUAGAAGAAAGAUCAAAAGGUUACUAUCUUAGAAUA